ACUCUUGUCUUUAUGUGUCUGGGUGUUGGAGGAGUGGUCUGAUGACAGAGCGACAGUUCCCUGUGCUGCUGGCCGAGCUGCAGGAGCUGAUCAUGGGCAGCACGCUGGUGAAGUGUGGCCUGACGGACCUGGGCAUCCAGUGGACCGGCUGGGCUCUGGCUGCAGCCUUCAGAACCGAGAAGUUCUAUGACCUGGCAGGCUCUGGGACAUUUAUACUCCUUGCCCACCUGAGUCGUAUCUGGGGCGGAGCCAGUCACGUCCGUCAGAAGGUGCAGACCGGGCUGGUGACGGCGUGGGGACUCAGACUGGGGACAUUCCUCUUCAUGCGGAUCUUGAAGGACGGCCACGAUCGCAGAUUCAACAAUGUCAGAGACAGCCCAGGGACUUUCUUUGUAUACUGGACUAUUCAAGCCCUGUGGGUAUUUAUGACCCUCCUGCCCACCCUCAUGCUGAACAGCGAGAAGCGAGACGAGCCUCUGGGAACACGCGACUACGUUGGCUGGACGAUUUGGGGCCUCGGCUUCGCUGCGGAGGCCAUAGCCGACCAGCAGAAAUGGCUUUUCAAGCGUGACCCGGAUAAUGCAGGGAAGUUCAUCCAGAGCGGACUGUGGGCCUACAGCAGACACCCCAACUACUUCGGAGAGAUCCUGCAGUGGUCGGGUCUGUGGCUCUCGGCCUCGUCAGUGAUGCAGGGGCCGCAGUACCUGAGCCUGGCGUCGCCCCUCUUCGUCUGGUUCCUGCUACGUCACGUCAGCGGGAUCCCCAUCCUGGAGAAGCAGGCCCUCAGGAAGUGGGGAUCUGACCCAGCCUUCAUAAACUACAUCCAGAACACACCUCUCCUCUGGCCGUGGCCUAAGUUUUGAUGUAGAUGUCAACAGUUGCCUCACACACACACACACACUUAAACACACUCGACUUCUUAAAGUGCCCCAACUAAACUAAGAGUAUUUUUGAAUUGAGUGUUGUUGUAAUGUAUUUUUGUCACUUUAUAGUUAUUCUGUAAAAUAAAUGAGCCAUUCCAUAAUUAA